CGUCAGAGGACCAUUCACUCACUGCCACCGCACCUCCGCACAGUGCGACGACAAUAUUGUUGUUAUUAUAGUGUGCGCAAAAUCGUUUAGCAAUAGAGAUAAGUUUUCUUCAAGAUUUUGUUCGCAAAUUCCGUUUCGCGUCUACCCUGUUGUUUCUGCACAAUCGACCGCGUCCAUAUAAAAUGAUGAUCGCACAGUGUCUUCUGUUGGCCGGAAUCGUGGCAGUGGCUGUAUCCGUGCCAGUCACCCAGGAAGAGUACGCCAGGUACAUAUCUCAACAACAGGCUGAAAAGGGCCAACCGAUCCGCAGACCUGUUCUUCUGCAGGUUGUCCCUGCUGGUGGUGCAGCUUACCAACAACCGGCGACGGCGUCACCUCGACCAGCUUACCAACAAUCUGCCGCUUACCAACCACAACCCGCCGCUUACCAGCCACAACCCGCCGCGUACCAGCCACAACCCGCCGCGUACCAGCCACAACCCGCUGCGUACCAGCCAUCAUCCUACCAGUCACCCCAGACCUACCAGCAACCAGAAGAAUACCAACAACCAGAACAACAGUACCAGCCAUCUCCCAGACCACAAGCACUGCGCCCAAAGGCUCCGCCCAAACCAAAAUCUCAAAACAGGCCCGAAAAACCGGAAGACGAAGAGAACGACAACAACCCUAAUGCUCAAUACCAGUUUUCAUUUGACAUCAGUGACGACGAGUCAACCAACUACCAUAACCGCAAAGAGCAGAGAGAUGGUGAAAAGAUUUCUGGAAGUUACAGCGUCGUCGAUUCAGAUGGAUUUAUUCGUACAGUCACAUAUACUGCCGAUCCUGAAGAGGGAUUCAAGGCUGAAGUAAGCCGAGAGCCAACCAACAUACAUGUAAAGAUUCCCACCCCUGCACCACAAACGUCRCCAGCACCACAAUACAGAUUGCCGGAAAGAAAGCCACAGCAACCGCAAUACAUCACAGUCCAGGCCAGCGAACCCGAGUCCGCGGUGCAACCAGCCGACCCGAUUUCCGGUUACUACCGCAGUCCGGCGCCGCAGCAACAGGUCAAGCAGGCGCCGGCGUUGCACCGAUUCGCCGCGCCCAGGCCACAGUCAGCUGGCCACAAAGCUAGCGCAUUGGGAUAUGCCUCGGUACCGACCAACCCUUCGCCGAUCAUCUAUCAGGCGUACGAUCAGUAAUAACAAAUGCACAACAACAACAACAACAACAACAACAACAACAACAACAAUUGUUAUGUCGCAGCGGACGAGCGGCUAAAUCAUCUCAUACCCGGAACACG